CAAGGAGUUUACAGUUUAACAUUCCGAACAUCGUAUUCAGGGUGCUUUGAUCGUAGCAAGCUAUUAUAGUAUUUUUUAAGACAAUUUCUUCACACCGAAACUCUAAAGAACGUUAUCAAAAUGUUGUGGAAAAAGGAAACGAUUGAGAGAAAUGCAGAGUAUGCUAAUUUAUUGGACUACCCAUCGAUUGACCGAAUUUACGACAGUUACAAAUAUGAACAGAAUUUAAUGAAAAAUCUUACUGCGUCAGACUACAAAAAAAGUUCUGCAAAGGCGAUUGAAUAUCGACAAAAAGGAAAUGAAUUAUUUGCUGAAAAGGGAUGGAUGCAGGCUAUGGAGUACUACAACAAAUCAUUGUGUUUUGCGAAAGAAGGUUCCGAAUUGAUGGGAUUGGCGUACGCAAAUCGAUCAUCGUGUUUUUUCAACAUGCAAAUGUACAGCAAAUGUCUCACCGACAUCGGAAAUGCCAAACAAAACAACUAUCCACAAGAAAAAAUGUACAAAUUGGAUGAACGAAAAGCUAAAUGCUCGGCUAUUCUGACGAAGGAGACGGAUCAAAGUGACAUUUUUGAGCCCAAACUCGAUUAUGAACCCAAUGAAAACUUUCCGUGUUUUGCGAAUGUUCUGAGAAUUGCGCAAAACAAUGAACACGGACGACAUGUCGUCGCCACAACGAAUAUUGACGUAGGCAAAACAGUAAUGGUUGAUCAAAGCUACUUUGCUGAAACCAUUAAUCGAAAGUUCGGACGAUGCAAUAUUUGUCUGCGAUCAGCUGAAAAUCUAAAACCAUGCCAAAAAUGUGCGUUCACAAUGUUCUGUCCAAGAUGCGAAGGAAACAGUUUUCAUGAUAUUGAAUGUGAUAUCAAUCCAAUCUAUUUUGGUUCUCUUUCAUUUAUGAGUUUUCGUAUGGUGGUUAUUCGUUCGAUUUUAUUGGCAAUGGAUGCAUAUCCUGAUAUCGAUCAAUUUAUUGCUGCUGUUGAGGAUAUGCUGUCGAUCGAUGCAGUCGAAGCGCCCGAAUCUUUGUCUGAACCA